AUGGUAAAGACACACCCGGCUAUUACCGCCGGAGCCACGUUGAUCCGGGCCGUUGGAUUUCCUCUUGCUCCGAUUGUCGGGGAGACCUUUUUCUCUGUCCAGUUCACUCCCAGUCGACAUUAUUGCGCAAUGGCUGCUGCUAGGACGCUUCGCAUAGGUCUCAUCCCCGGUGACGGUAUCGGACGGGAGGUCAUUCCGGCUGGUCGCCGUCUGCUGGAAUCCCUUCCCUCCUCUCUCAACCUGAAGUUCAGCUUCGUUGACCUGGAUGCCGGUUUCGACACCUUCAAGCGCACCGGUACCGCUCUCCCUGACAAGACCGUUGAGAUCUUGAAAAAGGAGUGCGAUGGAGCUCUUUUCGGAGCCGUCAGCUCCCCUAGCACCAAGGUCGCUGGCUACUCCUCCCCCAUUGUCGCUCUCCGCAAGAAGCUCGACCUGUACGCCAACGUCCGUCCAGUCAAGACUACCAGCGGCGACAGCAAGGGCAACCCUAUCGAUCUGGUCAUCGUCCGGGAGAACACUGAGGACCUCUAUGUGAAGGAGGAGCAGACCAAGGACACCCCCAACGGCAAGGUGGCCGAGGCCAUCAAGCGCAUCUCCGAGAACGCUUCCUCCCGCAUCUCCACCAUCGCUGGUGAGAUCGCUCUGCGCCGUCAGAAGAUCCGCGACGUUGCCGCCACCCCCGGCCUCCGCUCCAAACCCAUGGUUACUAUCACCCACAAGUCCAACGUUCUGUCGCAGACCGACGGUCUCUUCCGUGAGACCGCCCGCAAGGCCCUCUCCGCCGACCGCUUCUCCUCCGUCGAGGUCGAGGAGCAGAUCGUCGACUCCAUGGUCUACAAGCUCUUCCGUCAGCCCGAGUACUAUGAUGUGAUUGUCGCCCCCAAUCUCUACGGUGACAUUCUGUCCGACGGCGCUGCCGCCCUGGUCGGCAGUCUGGGUCUGGUGCCCAGCGCCAACGUCGGUGACGGCUUUGCCAUCGGUGAGCCUUGCCACGGCUCCGCCCCCGACAUCGAGGGCAAGGGCAUUGCCAACCCCAUCGCUACCCUGCGCAGUGUCGCCCUGAUGCUGGAGUUCCUUGGCGAAGAGAACGCCGCCGCCAAGAUCUACACCGCUGUCGAUGCCAACCUCGACGAGGGCAAGUACCUCUCCCCUGACAUGGGCGGAAAGGCUACCACCCAGCAGGUUCUCGACGAUGUCCUGAAGAGACUUUAG